ACCUCACAUUUUAUAAUUAUUUUUUAAGAAACCAAUAUAUAGAAUAUUAAUAAAGUAAUUAAAAAUGCCUCCCAAAAAGGAUAACAAGGGUAAAGACAACAAAGGUGCUGCCGGCGGCAAGAAGGGAGGAGCAGCUGCAGAAGACAAAGGCAAAGAAAAGAAAGGAGGCAAUGCUGUUAAGGUGAGACAUAUUUUAUGCGAAAAACAAGGUAAAAUUAUGGAGGCCAUGGAAAAAAUAAAAGCCGGUCAAAAGUUCCCUGAAGUAGCAGCCGCCUAUAGUGAAGACAAAGCACGUUCAGGUGGUGAUUUGGGUUGGCAGAUACGUGGCGCCAUGGUGGGACCAUUUCAAGAUGCUGCCUUUGCUUUACCCAUUUCGACUGUCAAUAAUCCCGUGUACACUGAUCCGCCAAUCAAAACUAAAUUUGGUUACCAUAUUAUAAUGGUAGAAGGCAAAAAAUAGGAAAUAGUUAAAGUAAUUACGAAUUUUUUUUAUAAUUAUUGAAAUAAGAAACACUUUUGUAAUAAAGCUCAACGGAAAAGGAUUAUUCAAAUAUAAAAACGGCUUCUGUACUGCCAAGUUAAAUUGUUUAACAAAA